UAAAAUUCCCUCCUCCUUCCUGUUCCUCAACCUUCGCCAUUAUCUCCGAAUUGCUCCGGUUCUCACGGAAACCCUAAUUAUGGUUUCCUAUUCCCUCGCUAGCAUCUCCAAUGCUCCAAUUCCUCCCAAAUCCAUUCCCUGGAACCCCUUUCUCUCCGGUUCCUCUUCAUCUGGAUCCCAGAUUCCCCUCCACCCCCGGCGAUGCUUAGAUUUGAAGAAUGGGAGGAAGGAUGGAGUUGGUUGGAGAUCGAUCGGUUGUGCUGUUUUGAGCCCUGUGGAGAAAAAGGAUAUUGGGAUUGUCAAGGAGAAGAGUGUUUCGGUGGUUCUCUUGGCCGGAGGGAAUGGAAAACGAAUGGGGGCUAGCAUUCCAAAGCAGUACCUCCCUCUUUUAGGACAACCAAUUGCAUUGUACAGUUUCUACACAUUCUCUGAAAUUCCUGAAGUGAAAGAGAUAGUUGUAGUAUGUAAGCCAUCCUACAGGGAUGUAUUUGAAGAUUCCAGUGUGAGGAGACGAGUGGAUCUUAAGUUUGCAUUACCUGGAAAAGAAAGACAGGACUCGGUUUACAGUGGGUUGCAGGAAAUUGAUGGAAGAUCAGAACUUGUUUGUGUACAUGAUUCAGCUAGGCCUCUAGUUUCAGUUGCUGACAUAAAGAAGGUUCUGAAGGAUGGUUGGUUGAAUGGAGCCGCUGUUCUUGGUGUGCCUGUAAAAGCUACAAUAAAAGAGGUCAAUGAUCGUUAUUAUGUUGUCAAAACCUUGGACAGGAAGGCACUUUGGGAAAUGCAAACUCCACAGGUUAUCAAGCCUGAUGUGCUUAAACGUGGUUUUGAGCUCGUCAACAAGGAAGGCCUUGAAGUCACUGAUGAUGUAUCUAUUGUGGAGCACCUUAAACAUCCUGUGUACAUCACUGAAGGCUCAUAUACAAACAUCAAGGUUACAACCCCGGAUGAUCUAUUGGUAGCUGAGAGAAUAUUGAACAUGAAAGCAGGAGUUCUUGCUUAGUGUGUUUUCGGCUUUUGAUUUUGUUCACUUAAUGUCCCGAACAGGGAGCUCGAGCUUGUGUUGCCAUUGAAGAAUGUUCCUUUAUCCAUAAUCCAACCUCAAUAAUCAUAUAGAAAUUUUUGAGUCGAUCUUUGCCUGAAUGACAGAAUGCCUUUAUUCUUUUAGAGGAGCAAAUAGAAACAUGGAAACCUACAAUUAAGAUAUUAAUGUAGACACCAACUGUGACAAUCCCUUGUGCUGCUCUAGUGUCUGCUGUCGGCUAUCUGUUCUUCAAUUUCAUCAGGCACCAAUCUAAACAUGGUAGGCGGCUUGUCUUUGCAUAAUUUUCAAUGGAUAAUGAGAUCAAUUUCUUCAAUUAUAUAUUUAUGUACAUAUGUAUGCAUUUAUGAAGGAUUGUAUUAUUUUGUACCUUCCCUUUCUUAGCUCUACUGGUUUUCCAAACCAUUGUAUCCAGGUUCUGUAUCAUGACUCCUGUAUAAUAUUUUAUCAUAUUUAUUUUUCCAAAUGUCCAUGUAAUA